AUGUCUUCAAAACGUGGACUAGAAUGCGCGGCCGUCCAGGACCCUGAACCCAUCUUCAAGAAACAAAAUACGAGCGGUAUCGCUCAUAUUAAGCCCGAAUUCGUGGUCAAAAGCGAGUCCACCGUGCAGAACAACUCUUCCACCGCCAACGAGGAGGAAGAGCCUGUUUCGGACCGUAUAGCCACCGGGAACGGGUCUGGCAAGAAGGGCAAGUCGAAAAAACGGGGCCAAAACAAAAAUCGUAACAUCAUCCAAGUCAAAGAACAGUACCAGCUGUGCUCGAAACUCGUGCUGGGACUCGGAAAGGGCGACGACUGUCCCUUUGGCGACCAGUGCCGCUUCGUGCACGACAUAGACGAGUAUCUCGUGCACAAGAAACCAGAAGCCAAAACUGAGCAGUUCUCCGUGUGUCCCGUGUUCGAGACGCUAGGACACUGUCCCAUGGGCUUCAAGUGUCGGUUCUUGAGCUCUCAUUACAAUGCAGACACCAAGGAACUGCAGUCCAAAUCCGACGACGACGUCAAAAAGCUGUACGAUGUAAACCGUGAGGUGAACCACAUUGCGGCGGACAAAAAACUGGACCUGAUAAAGAAGAGAUUCCCAUUCGAAAAGAGUGACUACGUUCUCGAAAUUAUAGACGCUAUCCAACAGGAGUAUAGAGAUGGGCUGAACGAGGACAAACAGGCAGCAGCAAGGGCAAAGAAGAUAGACUCUUCCGGAAAGGACGCUGAGCAGUCUCCAGCCGAAGAGAUCAAGGCCCCACAAGUUUUGCAAAGAGAACAGGAGCAAAGAGACAAACGGAACCGCCAGAAGGAACUGUAUCUCCAGUACAAGGACACCAGGUUCUUCGCGCAAGAGAAAAAACGCUUGGAUCUAAAAAAUAAGAAAAUCGUAUCUCCGCUGACCACGGUCGGUAACCUGCCGUAUCGUCGUUUGAUGCGCAAAAUGGGUGCUGACGUCACUUACUCUGAAAUGGCGCUGGCUAUACCGUUGAUUCAAGGUACAAACUCGGAAUGGGCACUUCCUAAGGCCCACGUCUCUGAAAUCCCCGGAUUCGGUGUUCAAAUUGCAUGUUCCAAGGCUUGGCAGGCUGCGAAAGCGGCUGAGGCGCUGGCCGCGUUUGCUCCCGACAUAAGCGAGAUCAACUUGAACUCGGGAUGUCCGAUUGAUCUGCUAUACAGACAGGGAUCUGGAAGCGCCCUCCUCGACAAUCCUGCAAGGAUGAUCCGGUGUUUGAACAGUAUGAGCUACGUUUCUGGAGACGUUCCUGUCAGUGUGAAGAUCCGCACAGGUACGAAAGAUGGCCAUCCAAUUGCACAAAGUUUGGUUCGCCGUUUAGUCAGUGAGACCGACGUUGCUGCAAUCACAUUGCAUGGACGCACCAGGCAACAGCGGUAUACCAGAAACGCGGACUGGGACUACGUCAGACAAGUGUCUGCAGCGUUGAGAGACGCAGAAGCCGAAUCGCAAGAAAAGGAUAAGGACAGAAGAGAGUCUCAGCAGCGAAUUCAAUUUGUUGGAAACGGUGACGUUAACAACUACGAGGAUUGGUACAAGCAUAUGGAGGACGAUAACAUGGACAGCGUUAUGGUGGCCAGAGGAGCAUUGGUCAAGCCCUGGAUUUUCGAAGAAGUGGAAGCUCAACAGCACUUGGAUAAAAGUAGCCAGGAACGUUUGGAGAUGUUGAAAGACUACGCGCGGUUCGCAAUGGAUCACUGGGGCACGGACGAGUACGGUAUAUCCCAGAGUCGUCGCUUCUUCUGUGAGUUCAUGUCAUUUUUCCACCGCUACGUUCCAAUGGGGAUCUGCGAGCGAUACCCAGUUCUGCUAAACGAGAGACCACCCAACUGGAGAGGAAGGGACGACCUAGAGACUCUCAUGGGGAGCAACGACGUUAGUGACUGGAUCAAAUUGAGUGAGAUGUUUUUCGGCAAGACCGACGAGAACUUUGUGUUUUUACCAAAGCACAAGAGCAAUUCGUUCGCAAACCAAUGA